GCACAUGCGCAAUUCAUUUCGAAAAUGGCGGCCGUACAAGGCGGUAUGGCUGACGCUGUUGAAAUAAAGGACAUUAAAACAGAACCACCCGUGGAUGGCAUUCCGAACAACAAUGCGAACGAUGGAAAGCUACAUUCUACGUCCCCUGGGCCCGGUGCUUCGGGUGGAAGUAACAAACCAGCGACAGGAGCUCCGGAGGAGCAACAGACGUUGCUGGCUAUUCUGCAAUUCCUUAAAAAGAACCAACUGGCGGAGUCCGUCGACAUUUUGCGUCGCGAAGCUGGAUUACCGGAGGAUUUGUUGGAUUUGAAGGCGAGUGAUGUGUCCUCGGGCUCUGGGGGUGCACCGGGAACUGUGGAGGGAGGAGGUCUGGAUGCCAACUCUCUUCUAAGUCGUGUGACAUCCUCCGCUGCAGCCCAGGCGCCAGUCAAAGCCCCCCCCGGAGAGGACCAGCCAGAUGUGAGCGUGGUUCUGUCAGCUUACAGCCAGCAAGGCGACCCAGCUCUCUAUGAGGCGUACUACAGCGGCUUGAAAAAGUUUAUCGAAACGGUUUUGGACUGUCACAGAGCAGAACUGUCCCAGGUGUUCUACCCACUGUUUGUGCACAUGUACCUGGAACUUGUCUACAACAACCACGAGAACGAGGCCAAGGCAUUCUUUGAAAAGUUUAGCGGGGAUCAAGAGUGCUAUUAUAAGGAAGACCUUCACGUUUUGUCUGGUUUGACAAAGAAGGAGCACAUGCGAGGCAACGAGACCCUGCUAGACUUUCGCACCAGCAAAUUUGUCCUCCGAAUCUCCCGUGACUCGUACCAGCUACUCAAGAGGCACCUGCAGGAGCGCCAGAACAACCAGAUUUGGAACAUCAUCCAGGAGCACCUCUACAUCGACAUCUUUGACGGCAUGCCACGCAGCAAGAGUCAGAUCGAUGCCAUGUCCGGCAGCCUGGCAGGAGAAGCCAAGAGAGAGGCUAAUAAGGCGAAGGUUUACUACGGAUUGCUUAAGGAACCGGAAAUUGAACUUCCACUUGAUGAUGAGGAUGAAGAGGCGGAGAAUGAAGAGGGGAAACCCAAGAAGAAGAAACCCAAAAAGGACAGCAUGGGUUCCAAGAGCAAGAAGCAGGAUCCCAAUGCCCCGUCACAGACAAGAAUACCUCUUCCGGAAUUAAAAGAUUCUGACAAACUGGACAAGAUAAUGUACAUGAAAGAGGCCACCAAAAGGAUCCGACUCGGACCAGAUAACCUUCCUUCCAUUUGCUUCUACUCUUUUCUCAAUGCGUAUCAGGGUCUAACUGCUGUGGACAUCACAGAUGACUCCAGCUUAAUUGCAGGAGGCUUCGCUGACUCUUCAGUCAGAUUAUGGAGUGUCACUCCGAAAAAGCUACGCAAAGUCAAGUCGGCAGCAGACUUGAAUCUGAUUGACAAAGAGUCAGAUGAUGUGCUGGAGAGGAUCAUGGAUGAAAAAACCGCCAGCGAGUCCAAGAUGCUGUAUGGGCACAGCGGUCCUGUGUAUGGUAUCAGUUUCAGCCCAGACAGAAACUACCUGUUGUCCAGCUCUGAAGAUGGCACCGUGAGGCUGUGGAGUCUCCAAACCUUUACAUGCCUCGUGGGCUACAAAGGUCACAACUACCCAGUGUGGGAUACACAAUUUUCUCCACACGGGUACUAUUUUAUCUCCGGGGGACAUGACCGAGUUGCCCGUCUAUGGGCUACAGAUCACUACCAGCCACUGCGGAUGUUUGCUGGCCACUUGGCAGACAUUACUUGCACCCGCUUCCAUCCGAACUCAAAUUAUGUUGCAACGGGAUCAUCUGACCGCACCAUUCGUCUGUGGGAUGUUCUCACAGGAAACUGUGUUCGCAUCUUCACUGGUCACAAGGGUCCAAUCCAUGCUCUGUCAUUCUCUCCCAAUGGAAAGUUUUUGGCUUCGGGGGCGACUGAUGGCAGAGUUCUUCUGUGGGACAUUGGUCACGGUCUCAUGGUUGGAGAGCUCAAAGGCCACACAGACACCAUCUACUCUCUGAGGUUCAGCAGGGAUGGAGAGAUUCUUGCCUCUGGAUCUAUGGAUAACACGGUUCGCCUGUGGGACGCCAUGAAAGCGUUUGAUGAUUUGGAGACUGAUGACUUCACGGCAGCCACAGGACACAUUCACCUACAAGACAACUCGCAGGAGCUUCUGCUUGGCUCCUACACAACUAAAUCUUCACCAGUCAUACACCUUCACUUCACCCGCAGAAAUCUCCUGUUGGCAGCAGGUGCCUACAAUCCAUAAGACCAAAAAAAGUAUACUGAAUUGAGAAACCAUCUACAAAAGCUUCACAUCGAGCAUUUUAGUGUCUCCUCCACAAAUGACUGAUAGUAUUGGGCAGUGUGAAAAGACUUGCAUACAUUUUGUAAAUGAUGUUUGCCAACUCCUACACUGGACCUAAAUGAAGUUCUCCUAAGACGGUGCCAUUGUAACUGGUAACAAUGAUAGAAAUACUUUUGUAUUCUUUUUAUAGCUAAACAUGUAAAUAAAAAAAGGGUUUUCUAUG